CCGCUCACUCGCCGCCCUGUCCUCCGCCCCGCCCCGCGCGCAGGCAUCGUGCUCGACUCUGGCGACGGCGUCACCCACAACGUGCCCAUCUAUGAGGGCUACGCCCUGCCGCACGCCAUCAUGCGCCUGGACCUGGCCGGCCGCGACCUCACCGACUACCUGAUGAAGAUCCUCACUGAGCGUGGCUACUCCUUCGUGACCACAGCUGAGCGCGAGAUCGUGCGCGACAUCAAAGAGAAGCUGUGCUACGUGGCCCUGGACUUCGAGAACGAGAUGGCGACGGCCGCGUCCUCCUCCUCCCUGGAGAAGAGCUACGAGCUGCCCGAUGGACAGGUCAUCACCAUCGGUAACGAGCGCUUCCGCUGCCCGGAGACGCUCUUCCAGCCCUCCUUCAUCGGCAUGGAGUCGGCGGGCAUCCAUGAGACCACCUACAACAGCAUCAUGAAGUGCGACAUCGACAUCAGGAAGGACCUGUACGCCAACAACGUCAUGUCGGGGGGCACCACCAUGUACCCGGGUAUCGCCGACCGCAUGCAGAAGGAGAUCACGGCGCUGGCCCCCAGCACCAUGAAGAUUAAGAUCAUCGCCCCACCUGAGCGCAAGUACUCGGUGUGGAUCGGCGGCUCCAUCCUGGCCUCGCUGUCCACCUUCCAGCAGAUGUGGAUCACCAAGCAGGAGUACGACGAGGCCGGCCCCUCCAUCGUCCACCGCAAAUGCUUCUAGACCCCAUUCCACCAACAGCGCUCGAAUUCUCCUCAGGACGACAAAUCGGCUCAGGUUGCAGGUGGCUGACCUCGAGCCACCGCGCAGCAACUUCGUCUCUAACAACUUGAGUUGCUGCAGCCGCAACGCGACACAAUGUUUAUAAAGUGUACAUACAUUAACUUAUUUACCUCAUUUUGUUAUUUUUAAAACAAAGCCCUGUGGAAGGAAAUGGAAAACUUGAAGCAUUAAACUCAGCCAUUCUGUCUGUUGCGUAAA